GGGUCACGGAGGGAGGAGGCUGCCACACUACACCUCCACCUCCGGCGCAGACGGCGGACUCCGGGGAGAGCUGGCCAGAGUGUCGAGCAGCCCGUGCCGGGGACAGCAGGUGGGGUCGCCCGGGCGGGGCCGCCCACCUCCCGCAGCCCAGCCUGGCAUUGAUUGGCUUAUCUUGGGAGCUACAGGACAUUGCUCAUCUUGAAGAUCAGGUGACCACUGACCAUGUCGUCGAGGCCUUUUGAAAGCCCCCCUCCAUAUAGACCUGAUGAAUUCAAACCAAGUCAUUACGCACCAAGCAAUGACAUGUAUGGUGGGGAGAUGCAUGGUCGCCCAAUGCUCUCUCAUACGGCAUAUUCUUUCUACCCAGAAGAUGAAAUUCUUCACUUCUACAAAUGGACCUCUCCUCCAGGAGUGAUUCGGAUUCUGUCUAUGCUCAUCAUCGUGCUGUGCAUUGCCAUCUUUGCCUGUGUCGCCUCCACACUUGGCUGGGACAGAGGCUAUGGAAGUAACAUUCUAGGAGGUGGUAUAGGUUACCCUUAUCCUGGAGGUGGCUUUGGAAGCUUUGGAAAUGGCUAUGGUUAUGGCUAUGGUUAUGGCUAUGGAACAGGCUAUACAGAUCCAAGAGCGGCAAAGGGCUUCCUGCUAUCCAUGGCUGCCUUUUGUUUCAUUGCUGCAUUGGUGAUAUUCGUUACCAGUGUUAUAAGAUCUGAAAUAUCUAGAACAAGAAGAUAUUACCUGACCGUGAUAAUAGUGAGUGCUAUCCUGGGCUUCAUGGUGUUUAUUGCCACAAUCGUCUAUAUAAUGGGAGUCAAUCCAACUGCCCAGGCUUCUGGAUCUAUGUAUGGUUCACAGAUUAUUGCCAUCUGCAACCAGUUUUAUUCACCUACAACUUCUGGGAUGUACGUGGAUCAGUAUUUGUAUCACUACUGUGUGGUGGAUCCUCAGGAGGCCAUUGCCAUUGUGCUGGGAUUCAUGGUUAUUGUGGCUUUUGCUUUAAUAAUUUUCUUUGCUGUGAAAACUCGAAGAAAGAUGGACCAAUAUGACAAGUCGAAUAUUUUGUGGGACAAGGAGCCCGUUUAUGAUGAGCAGCCCCCCAAUGUUGAAGAGUGGGUUAAAAACGUGUCUGCAGGCACACAAGACAUGCCUCCUCCGCCUUCGGACUACGUGGACAGAGUGUACAGUCCCAUGGCCUACUCUUCCAAUGGUAAAGUGAAUGACAAGCGGCUGUAUCCAGAAUCAUCCUAUAAAUCAACACCGGUGCCCGAAGUGGUGCAGGAGCUUCCCGUGACGUCCCCUGCGGAUGACUUCAGGCAGCCUCAUUACAGCAGCGAUGGUAACUUUGAGACACCGUCCAAAAGGGCUCCCACAAAGAGAAGGGCGGGCAAGUCCAAGAGGCCAGAGCAAGACCACUAUGAGACAGACUACACGACCGGCGGCGAGUCCUGCGAUGAGCUGGAGGAGGACUGGAUCAGGGAAUAUCCACCUAUCACUUCAGAUCAACAAAGACAAGUCUAUAAGAGAAGUUUUGACACUGGCCUGCAGGAAUACAAGCGCUUACAAGCAGAACUUGAUGAGAUCAAUAGAGAACUCUCUCGUCUGGAUAAGGAAUUGGACGACUAUAGAGAAGAAAGCGAAGAGUACAUGGCUGCUGCUGAUGAAUACAAUAGACUGAAGCAAGUUAAGGGGUCUGCAAAUUACAAAAAUAAGAGGAAUUAUUGCAAGCAGUUGAAGAGUAAGUUGUCCCACAUCAAGAGGAUGGUUGGAGAUUAUGACCGAGGGAAGACAGAAAGCAAAUUCCAGAUUGUCUGAGUGAUGGAGAAGUAUCCGACAUCUCUGCAGUGGUGUCAGCAUGCAAAAUGACUUUGGACUCUAACCAGAGAGGCCAAACCUUUGUGAUCAUUACAAAGUUUUGGUAGCUUUCAUAUCAUUGGUAUGGAAGCAUUUUAUAAAUAGCUUUUGAUAAUCAACUGUGCUGAACACUCCAAUUAAGGAUUUAUGCUGUAAACACUGGUUCUGAUAUUAAGAACUGUUGUUUGAGGUUUUCAAACCUUUUCAGGAAGGUUGCUGAGUGUACUGCGCUGUGAACUUUCACGCCCUAGGCAGUCAUGUCUUAGUGCUUCAUUCGUUCCAAUAGGUAAUCUCGUUGAGUCCUCCCAGGAUCCUCUCUUCAUGUAACUGUUAUUUAUAAUCGUUCCUUUUCAGAGAAGGAAACUGGGUCCCUGCAGUGAAGUGAAACCACUUGUUUCCUAGCUUGCAGUUUGGUUAAGUCUGUUUUAUGACUCCAUUAAUGAAGUCCCUAACCGUUCAUAUUGUAGCUACUACGGAUAUUACAUUCUACCAACUUCCCUACUGAUUUUUUUUCUGUGUGUAAAUGGUUAAAAGAGCUUUUUAUUGUUUUAUGUUAUCUUGGUAAUAAAGACCACAUAAAAGUAACACAUUGUGAAAUUUAAAGAUUGUAAAUAUGUAUUUACUUUUUAAAAAUCAAAAUUUAAAACCACUAGCUAGAAUUUUAUUGUGUAUUUUAAAAUACUUCUUAAUCGUUUAUGGUUUACAUGCUUUUUUUUUUUCUUUAACCAACUAGGCGCUUUCAUUAUUUUAGAGUACCUGAUUACAUUUAUAAUUCAGCUGUGACUUGAAAUGUAUCUUAAAGGAAUGUUCAAGUUCUGUACAUAUUUUAUAAGGUAUUAAACCAGGUGUUUUCUUUCUAUAAUAUACCUGUUUGAUGUCAUUAGUGCUGUUAAUUUUAAGCUUUGCAAAACUACACUCAGCAAUUAUAUCUGUUACUGUUUUAAACUCUUUUGGGUGUUAUGCUGGUUGCUUGUUUCCCAAUCUGUUAAUAAGGAAGCCGAUUCGUCUGCCCUUAAAUCUCAGCACUUUCUUUUCAUUCAGAUUUUUUUAUUAGUAAAGUAAAACUAGCUGAUAAUACUGGGCAUGUCACUAGCCAAGUUGAUUGUGAUUAUCCCCCCAAUUUAGAACUCUGUUUUUGUGGAAAUAUUUUGAAGAAUCUGUAAAUUAAUCAUUAGUCUGCAAUUCAAACAUUUAAGUAUGUCAACGUACCUGUAGAGAUUUAAAAAUUUUUAAUGACACUAUUGCAGGAUUCCCCCUCCCCACCCUUUGCCCACCGCCACUCUCCCCGGCCUCUCCCUUCCUUGGCCUUUACCAAAUUACUGUCCAUGUCUAUGGGCUAUGCAUAUAUGCGAUUUUUAAAGGAGCUUAUUUGAGCCAAGUGUUUUGACAACAUGUCAGGAAGCAAGAUCCCAAAUGCUCCAAGAAUUCCAGUUUUGCAGUUUCUUUUGUAUAUUUGGAAAUAAGGAAGAUUACAUGAGGGUCGGAGAACGCAAGGUAGGGAUUGUAUUACAAGAAAAAUGAUGUGCUCUCUGGAAGGUGGUUAUGCCUCAGAGGAGUCUGAAAAAGAGGAAGACCCUGGUAUUUUAAAGGUGUGUUAACCUAGAAGCACAAGAACAAUGGACAGGGCUUACGUAAGGCAAAGAUAAACCUUUUACUGAAGAAGUUAUAUGCCUGGGGUGUGACUACCCACCAUAAUCAGCACAGGAAUUUAUGAUCAGCCUUGGACUUUUCAGGUUUAUUACAGAGCCCCUUUUUCAUCUACAAGUAUGUCAUUUUUUAUAUACCAGUCUGAAUCAUUUUCCAAAGAUAAACUUUUGUUUAUUAUUGAUUUUUAGAGAGAGAGACACAUCAACUCGUUGCUCCAUCCAUUCAUGCAUUCAUUGGUUGCUUCUUGUUUGUGCCCUGACCUGGGUCAAACCCACAACCUUCACAUAUUGGGACAACGCUCUAACCGACUCGCCUGCCAGAGCCCAAAGAUAAACUUUAAAGUAAUGUUUCCAUUAUAACACUGAUUCAUUUCUUCAAAUUGAGGAAAUUCUUAAUUUCCCAUGUGUUUUACAUAUAUGAGUAAAGAUAAUAGUCUAUGCUUUUCAUACCUGUUGGGCUCACAUCAAAUGGUAAGGUCUCUCUUGAGCCACUUAACUGAUUUUUACGUGUGCUAAGAUUUUAACUUUGUGCUUGGAAGUCAAUGUAAUUAGUUUAUGAAGGCAAGCUUGCCAGUGUUCUCACAAAACCAAUUCAGCUGAAUACAGAAAAUCAAAUAGCAUAAGUCUGCGUUGUAAAAUUGUGCCAUAAAAUUGGACUUUGAAAUACAAAAACAAAAUCAUUUUGCAAAUGUGGUACUUACUACAGACCACUUCAGGAGCCAGGAUCAGGGCGUUUCUGAUGGGAUUGACAUUAACUAGCUGGCUAUAACUUUGAAAAGCCACUCAAGCGGUUUCCUAGCCUGGAAAGCAAGAGGUUUAGAUUUGAUUUCUGAGGUCUCUUCCAUCUCUGACCUGUGAUUCUUAUGUCUGCAUAUAUUUGUUCAAGGUCUUGUUGUGAAAGCAUGUGGUCUAUUUGAUAAAGGUUCACUGCAUAAGAUUUUCUUACAUGUGUGUUUUGUAUUAAAACUAGAUGACAUCAACAUUUUUAUUUAUUUUGAAAAAUUUAAAGAAAUAUUGAAAACUAUAAACAUACCUGUACCCACCACCCAGAAAUAAAAGGUGUUAGUUUUGUCACA